AUAGUGAGUGCUGUUUUCGAUGGCUUUGCACACGACCGCCAUUAUAGAUCCCGUUGUGUGUGACCGAGCCACUUUGCGUUCUACAAUUUUUCACAGGAAUUUAGUGCUUUUCAUAUAGGAAUUCAUUAUUCUAGCUGAGCAAAAUUAAAGAUAUUCAUUAAGAGUGAAAUGAAAACGUACAGUAGGAAAAAGGGCGAUAGUCCCAGUAAUGUGAUAAUUCACGUAAAUGAAUUGUGCCGACUGUGUUUGGCUAAGGAAGAAGAAAUGGUGCCGAUUUACGACGAUGACGCUGUUCCAUUACCACUGCGUAUCAUGGCUUGUGUUAAUCUCGAGGUGUUUGAAGAGGACGGUCUUCCCAAUAUGAUUUGCCACCCGUGCAAAUAUCAAUUGGAAAAGUCCUAUCAAUUUAAAAAGAAGUGCGAAGCAGCUGAUGUGAAAUUGCGAAAACAUAUGAGAUUAAUUAAUCAAAUGACUGGCGAAGAGGACGAUGAGGAGAGUCAAGACAGUAUGGGCACAUCAAUAGACCAACCAUCGAGCAGUGGAAAAUCGAAACAAGUGAAACAAUUGUUGGCUGAUUUGGUGUCGAGUAAAGAAGGUGUUGAACUCGAUACGGAGCCAAUUGAAGUCACUGAGGAGGAACUCGUCGGCGGAUACAUUUUGGGAAUGUCUGCGGAAAAUGCGGAUGCAGAUGAAAAUUUAUCGGAAGGACCCGAGAAUAUAACGUUAAUGCCCGCGGAGGAAAGAACAGCCAAAGCGAGAUGUACAAUGCGUACGACGCGCAUAAAACAAGAACAAGAAUCAGAUGACGAAACUGAGGAACUUCAAAGAACGGUUACUAAUCAAGAUCACAAAAAUGUCUACAUGAUGGAACUAAGCAGCAACAGUGCUGGUGGACAAACAAUGAGUCAAACAAUAGUUGGUGAAGCUACGGAGGAAUUGAAAGUAUUCCAGUGUGAUAAAUGUCCGAAGGCUUUUACCCGACGAAUUAUGUUGAAAAGUCACCAGUCUGUUCACUCAACACAAAGAGGUUUUACAUGCCAGGCUUGUGAAAAAUGGUUCCCAACAAGAUCCGCAUUGGUUAGACACGAGCGAACUCACACCGGAGAGAAACCUUUCGGAUGCAACAUUUGUCAUCGUGCUUUUGCCCAAAAGGAAAUUUUGCUUCGCCAUUUGAUGACACACUCGGGACAAAAGCCCUUCCAAUGUCAAAGUUGUGACAAGAGUUUCACGCAACGUGAAGCAUUAAAAGUUCACAUGCGAAGACAUCAAAAACUUAAUCCCAAUGACAUACAAUUGCAUCACUGUCAAUUGUGUCCAAAAGCAUUUUGUCACGCUUCUGGUUUGAGCAGGCAUUUAGUAACUCAUACCGGAAGAACGUAUAAAUGUGUUGAAUGCGAAAAAUCAUUCACUGAUAAGAGUUCAUUACUCAGACACAGUCGAAUUCAUGCACCCAAGAAACUUGUUCUCAACUGAAUCUAAAAAAAAACAAUUUUUCUUUGCUUCAUUGAAUUUUCAUUAACCGUUUAUUUUUCAUAAAAUACAUAUUAACGUGCAAUUUUCACUUUCGACACAUUGAAUCAAAAUACUUCCAUUCCUGUAAAUAUAAAAAUGUGUUAAAAAAUUUUGAGAAUUAAUAUUUGAUUGUAUGAGGACAUCAAAAUCUUAAUUUCUUUUCUAAAAUGUAAUUUUUUUCCAAAUAAUAUUUUAAAAUUAGGUAUAAUUUUUAUUAUAAUUUUUUUUGUUUAUAGUAUUUUAAUAAGUGUUAAAAAUUGAGAUAUCUACGGAAAAAUUGAUAAAUUGACUUCUUCAUACUUUUAAUAUAUGAAACAAUUUAUUAAGCACCAUUUAUAUAAAUCUGAUUUUGAAAUCCUUAUACUUGAUGAUUUCUCUUUUUUACAUGAAAAGAAAAAAGAACGUAGGUUUUUUUUAUUUUUUAAACUGCAACUGAAUGAAAAAAAUUAUUUUAUUUUAAAAAUAGUUUAGUACUGAUUUGUACUAUAGAUUAAAGUCAUUGAAGAAUAUUGAAUUCAAAAAUAUUAUUAAAAUUUUUGUACAUAUGAAGAAAAUGUAUACCACAAAUAUUUUAAGGCAGAACAAGUUUCAAAUUCUUUAUGUCUGAAAUUAUUAAGAAAACUUUUGUUUUCUUUAAACUAACAGCAAAAAAAAAAUAUUGCAUUUGAAAAAAGAACCAUGUAAAAAAAUAAGUAUU